GCGUCUGACCUCAGUCAAAAUGGCGCAGUCACGGAAGUUGCCGAAGCUCUAGAGGUUACCGAAGUAGGUCCGGAAGCGACCGAGCGAGUCCGGAAGUUGCCGAAAGAGAGCAGCGGGAAGGGAGGAUGGCGGAUAUCGUCGCAAGACUCCGGGAGGACGGGAUCCAAAAGCGUGUGAUACAAGAGGGCCAAGGAGACCUACCUGACUUUCAGGAUGGAACCAAGGCCACCUUCCACUACCGGACACUGUACGGCGAUGAGGAAGGCACCGCGCUGGAUGACAGUCGGAUGCGCGGCAAACCCAUGGAGCUCAUCAUCGGCAAGAAGUUCAAGCUGCCCGUGUGGGAGACCAUCGUGUGCACCAUGCGCCCAGGGGAGAUCGCCCAGUUCCUCUGUGACGUCAAGCACGUUGUCCUGUAUCCACUGGUGGCCAAGAGCCUGCGUAACAUCGCAGUUGGCAAGGACCCGCUGGAGGGCCAGAGGCACUGUUGCGGCAUUGCCCAGAUGCGCGAGCACGGCUCCCUGGGCCACGCCGACCUAGACGCCCUGCAGCAGCGCCCCCGGCCUCUCAUCUUUGACAUCGAGAUGCUGAAGGUGGAGAACCCUGGCACGUACCAGCAGGACCCGUGGGCCAUGACGGACGAGGAGAAGGCCAGGGCAGUGCCGGUUAUCCACCAGGAGGGCAACCAGCUGUACCGCGAGGGGCAUGUGAAGGAAGCGGCCGCCAAGUACUAUGACGCCAUCGCCUGCCUCAAGAACCUGCAGAUGAAGGAACAGCCGGGGUCCCCUGACUGGAUCCAGCUGGACCAGCAGAUCACCCCCCUGCUGCUCAAUUACUGCCAGUGCAAGUUGGUGGCCAAGGAGUACUACGAGGUACUCGACCACUGCUCCUCCAUCCUCAACAAGUACGACGACAACGUCAAGGCCUACUUCAAGCGGGGCAAGGCCCACGCGGCCGUGUGGGACGUUCGGGAGGCCCAGGCUGACUUUGCCAAGGUGCUGGAGCUGGAUCCAGGCCUGGAGCCCGUCGUGAGACGUGAGCUGCAGGCCCUGGAGGCACGGAUCCGGCAGAAGGACGAGGAGGACAAAGCCCGCUUCCGGGGCAUCUUCUCCCAUUGACAGGGUUCCUGGCCCCGCAUGCCCUGGCCAGCCCACCUCCCCCACCGCACCGCGGUUCUCUCUGUAUAAAGGCUGUAUUUAUCUCACUGUG